AUAUGGCUUAAUAUGGAGUACAUAGAACUUCAAAUCAAAAAUGUUGUCUUGAAUUGGAAAAUUAAUCCCUGAAAAUGCAUUUUACCUCUUGGUAUUUUCUUCUAAGUGUUGCAUUCUAUUUUGGCAUGUUCGUUUCGAGAGGUCAUAAACACUCAAACACAGUGAAAACGCAAGAUCUACGAGAAGAAGAUUUGAACUAUAUCGAUGAAUUGGAAAAUGGAACAUUAAAGAAAAUAAACCUUAAAGAAAUCGAAGGCCUACUUUCUACAACAUUUGCUUCCAAUUCUAAAAUCAAAAAUACGCGAAGAAUCAAGUCAAAAUAUGUGCAAGAAAAGCCUCAAAAAGUAAAACAAACGCGUAUAAUUGCAAAAAAUUCUGCACAGAAAGGAAAAAAAUCGCAUGCAAAAACAUCAAGCAAUGUCAUUUCGAGUAUAGAAGACUCAAGAAAAAAAAUCAUAGACUUCAUCAAAGGUCGGUUGAUGUCAAAUAAACGAUAUGCUAUGGCUAAUCAAAGUCGUGCUGGGGAAAGAACAGAAGAUAAGAUGAAAAUGGAAAGAAAUGAAAGCGGAAAAUUAGCAUUUUCUAACACGGUGAAGGCUGUACCCGAGAAAAUGAAUAAAACAUCAAAGAAAUCACCAAAUGUGAGCAAAAACUUGUCAACCAGUUCACAAAAACUAAAAAAUGACAGAGAUUCGUCAGUGUUUAGAAGGCUCGAAAACAUAGCUCAUUACGUGUUAAAAGCUUUAAAACAAAACAAAGGACCGUCAAAUGGAUCAAAAAUACAUUAUCAAAUACAUCGCGAGGAUCUGUUGACAAUAGGAAAUUUCAUAAAAACGACAAGAAAUUCUAGCAUUGCAAGAGAUAUAAAAGUGCAAAGUGCCCGAAAAGCUUUGUUUGCAAUUAAAAAUUUGUUGCAAAUUGUUAAGAAAAAAUCAAAGAACAGUCGAAUUGUCUUUGGAAAAUGGUCAAUGAAUUAUAGAGAGACUGGAAUUAAAAAUAAUCAAUUACAAUUGAUUAAAAAAAUAUCGAGUAAUAAUGGAUACAACUCAAAGCAAGAGCAAGAUUCACUGAGCAAACUUGUUAAACAUCGCAUAAAACGUUUAAAACAAAAGUUGUUGAAAGCUUUAACAGCGCGGCAUGGUAAGAAAUUACAUUUAGACAUAAAAAAAUUAAAAUCAAAGCUUAAAGUGAAAACAAAACAAUGGAAAAGAGACAAACGAGAAGUCGGAACAAUUAAGAAAAAUGAAAUAUUAAUUGAUAAAACGCAGCAAAAGAAAUCAAAAAAUGUUUUGAAACAUGAGAAGAUGAUUGGAAAGGUUAAUAUGUUCCACAACAUCAAAAAACAACUAAGACACAUUAUUCAACAAGAAUUUGACAAAAUACAGCAAACGAUAAGAAAGACUGAAAGAAAGGCUCGCAUUGGUACAAAAAGAUUUUUUCUCGCACAUGGAGCAAAAAGUUUUCGGAAGAACCUGAUCUCACUUGCAAAUAUUGACGCCACUAAAAUGAGCGAUAAAGAUUUAAAGAAACUUCAUGAUCAGUUAAACGAGUGGAUAGCGGUCGAGGAAAAACUGGAACGCAAAACGAAGAGUGAUAAAGUGAAAGAAAAUCAAACGAAUGAUUCAGUGCCUUCAUCAAUAAAACGUGCUAAUUCAUGGUAUGAUAGAGCAAACUCACCAAAAGAUUCAAAGGGACAAAAGGAAAAUGGCAAUCUAGAAAUAAUAAUUGACAUAAAAAGAAAUAAAAGUAAAGAAAUGGAUAAUGACCAAUCUGAAGAAACGAAAAACAUAAAAAUCGAGCCGUCAAAAGAUGAAGACAAUGUUGAAGAACAAUCUCUUCAAGAAAUGACAAAAUCCUACACGGAUGAAAAGGCGUUUGAUGAUCUUAACUUUAAAGAAACCGCAAAUGGCUUGGAGAAUGACGAUUACAGUCCGUUAAACAACGAAAGUCCCAGAAAUGAAGAUAUGAUUACGAACAAACCUUACAACCAAAAUACUGGAAAGGAUGAAAAUUUCGAAGAAAAAAACAUUGCCAUUGGAAUCCAAAAUGUGAAAGGAAAAUCAAACGAUCGUAUUCUAAGCUACGAAAACAAUGUUUCUAACACUGGGAAACCUAGUAAGGGCGGUCAGCUUAAUCAUGACGGUCAAGUUAUAAAUGAAGGUCACGCUACUAAUGAAGCUCAUGUUAUAAAUAAAGUUCAUGUUAAAAAUGACAACAAAAUUGCACAUGAAACUCAAGUCAACAAUGAAAAUCAAGAUACAUAUGAUUAUGGUCCAGUUUUCAAUGAAGGUCAAAUUGCUGAUGAACGUCAUAAUCUAGAAAAUAGUGAAAAAAGCAAUGAAAAUAGUAGAGUGAAGCCAAUUCUUUCCAUUCCAAACACGAAAAUAGCAGAACUUCAAAUGAACAAUAAUCAGUCGAACGGGGAAAAUGAAAAAACGCUUACACCAUCACACCAUGGAAGCUGCCUCAACAUAUAAAUAAGCCAUUGCAAUACCAAUAUGGCAACGAACAAAUUUUUGAACCAACGAGUCGGGACUUUCAUUUUCAAGAUGCUCAAAAAAUGAGAUACAGAAAACAAAACCAGAUAAGUUAUGUCCGCAAACCAUUUAACAUAAGACCGUUUGGAGUCAAAACAUCAUUCAACACAUCAUCAGAUGAACGACUCGUUGGAGAUGGGAUAAAAAACAAAACAGAACAUGAACAAUACAUAAAACAACGAGGACCAACUUUCUUUGCUCAUUACAGAGAUAGUAAAGAACAGAAAAAUGCAAUGAAUGCAAAAGUUGAAAAAUCUAAUGAAAACAUGCUCGAUGGUGAAAACAUGAAAGAACAAACAAACAAACACAGAAAGAACAAUAAAAUAGUGAAUGACAAUGGUAAAAAUAUGGAUGAAACAAUAACUGGUCGUAAAACAGAGAAACCUAGCAUAAGAGUAGAGAAAGGUUCUCCUUUAGCCCUAUUUGACUCUUCUGAGCUUAAAGAUAAAGAAUUACAAUCGAAUGGGAUUGAAAACGAGAAUUUAAAAGAGUCAGAGUAUU